CCUUCUUUCAACCUGCACUACCUGCAUUUUCAUGUCGGUAACAACAACUCAUCCAUCUGGCAGUCGGCCUCAUCAUGGGCUCAGGAUGGGAGCCAGGGGACUCGGAUGCCACUACAAUCGGCACAGAUGACGAUGACCUUGACACCCCACGUCCCUCCGCCCGCCCUGCUUUCCCUCGUCCACUCUCGACCCCAGGUGACAGAACACCGCGUCCCUCGACGAGCACCCGCACACCUCUCAAGCAGCGGUCCUCGCCUCCGGAAACUAAAACCCCCAUCGCCGUCGUGGACAUCGCCGGCGACAGCGACAGCGACAAUGCAUCGUCCUCAUUCAACGAGGGCGCGGCCGCCUACGAGGAGUUCAAGAACCGGAAGUCCCUCAAACGCAAGCGGCAGUCCACGAGUGCGCGGAAGAGCAACGCCCACAAGCCCCUCAAACUCGAACCUCCCACCACCAACGCCUUCGUUGGCCGACUCCCGAAACCAAAUGCAAAAGCCAAGCCGCGGCGCCCGGUGAGAGAGUAUGGCGCCGAGUACUCCUCCGAGGAUGAGCUGAUGGAAUACACCCUCCCCGACUACUUGCAGAGGCGUCGAGCGCAGUUCGACCGCCGGGCGGAGCAUCUCAAGGCGUCGGGCCUGAAGCUGCCUCCCAGCUACGACCAGGUCGAGUUCUCGGACGACGAGCGGCUGGAGUUCCUGCAGGAGAAGCCGGCCUUUCAACAUCUGAGGCCGUGUAAUCACUACAAGGACAUCACGUUGCCUUACUCGCUGGGGCUGAUCCCCGCCCCAAUCGCGCAGUGGCUGCGUCAAUAUCAAGUGGACGGCGCUGCCUUUCUACAUGAGUUGUUCGUGUACCAAAAGGGCGGAAUCCUCGGGGACGAUAUGGGCUUAGGGAAGACCGUGCAGGUGAUUGCCUUCCUUACGGCAGCCUACGGGAAGACGGGGGAUGAAAGAGAUGCGAAGCGCAUGAGAAAGAUGCGCCGCAGCGGGCAAGACUGCUGGUAUCCGCGGACGCUGAUCGUCUGUCCGGGGACCUUGAUCAAGAACUGGAUCUCGGAGCUGGCCCGCUGGGGCUGGUGGUCGGUCGAUACUUACCACGGUGACAGCAAGGAGCUCGCGCUCCAAGCCGCAAGGUCCGGGCGAAUUGAGAUCCUGAUCACCACGUACAGCACCUACCUGCACAACAAAGAUGCCGUCAACAUGGUGGAUUGGGAUUGUGUCAUUGCGGACGAGUGUCAUAUCAUCAAGGAGCGCAAGUCGGAAACGACCAAAGCGAUGAAUAUGAUUAACGCGCUCUGUCGGAUCGGCCUCACGGGCACCGCGAUUCAGAACAAAUACGAGGAGCUUUGGACGCUCCUGAACUGGUGCAAUCCGGGCAAAUUGGGCCCGGUGACCGUCUGGAAGAAGACGAUCUCCGAGCCUCUCAAGCUCGGGCAGUCGCACGAUGCCACUGUGUACGAGCUCCGCAAGGCCCGUACAACCGCCCAAAAGCUUGUUGAGAAUCUCCUGCCGCAGUUCUUCCUCCGGCGCAUGAAGACUCUGAUCGCCGACCAGUUGCCCAAGAAAGUCGACCGGGUCGUCUUCUGCCCGCUUACCGAGACGCAGGCCACGGCCUACGAGAACAUCCUGGACAGCGAGAUCGUCACACACAUCAAGACGUCCACCGAUCCCUGUGACUGCGGGUCCGGAAGAAAAUCCGGCUGGUGCUGCCACCAGCUCCUGCCCUCUGGCGCGAAGUGGCAGAGCUACGUGUUCCCGGCCAUCGCCGUGCUCCAGAAGCUCAGCAACCACCUCGCCAUCCUCAUCCCUCAGGGCGGCGACCCCGCGGAGAAACAGGAGAAGGACAAGGAGAUGCUCGAGCUGGCGGUGCCGGAGCAGUGGGAGAAGCUGUACCGCUCGCGGGACUCGAUUGUCAACUUCGCCAACCCGGAGUUUUGCGGCAAGUGGAAGGUGCUGCGGCAGCUGCUGAAGUGGUGGCACGCCAACGGCGACAAGGUGCUGGUGUUCAGCCACAGCGUGCGCCUCCUUAAAAUGCUGCAGAUGCUCUUCCACUACACCAGCUACAACGUCAGCUACCUGGACGGGUCGAUGAGCUACGAGGACCGCACGAAGGUGGUGGACGAGUUCAACUCGGACACGCGGCAGUUCGUCUUCCUGAUCUCGACGCGCUCCGGCGGCGUGGGGCUCAACAUCACCUCAGCCAACAAGGUGGUGAUCGUCGACCCCAACUGGAACCCCUCGCACGACCUGCAGGCGCAGGACCGCGCCUACCGCAUCGGCCAGUCGCGCGACGUCGAGGUCUUCCGCCUCAUCUCCGUCGGCACCAUCGAGGAGAUCGUCUACGCCCGCCAGAUCUACAAGCAGCAGCAGGCCAACAUCGGCUACAACGCCAGCUCGGAGCGCCGCUACUUCACCGGCGUGCAGGAGAACAAGGACAAGAAGGGCGAGAUCUUCGGCAUGGACAACCUCUUCGCCUACCGCACCGACAACAUCGUCCUCCGCGAGAUCGUCAACAAGACCAACGUCGCCGAAAGCCGCGCCGGCGUCCAAGUCAUGGACAUCGACCUAACCCCGAUGGCGAAGGAGGAGGACCCCGACGAUUUCCUUGCCCGCAAACCCCAACCCGCCACCCACGAAGACACCACCACCGACGCCGUCAUGAACAACCUCGCCGCCAUGAUCCGCGGCGAGACUUCAAUCUCUUCUUCAUCAACCCGCACCGCCCACCACCCAAAUCAAACCCAAACCACCCCACCCCGCCACGACCCCAUCCAAGCCAUCCUCGCCAACGCCGGCGUCGAAUACACCCACCUCAACAACGAAGUCAUCGGCUCCUCCAAGAUCGAGGAGCGCCUCAGCCGCCGCGCCCAGCUCGCCGCCGACGACCACCGCGCCCUCGACAAGCGGGUCUUCGGUGCUGCCACCCGCCACUCGCAGUCGCAAUCCCAAUCGCAGCUCCUACUGUCCUCGCAGUCAUCCAGUCAGCCGCAGCCACACGUCAAGUAUAAAUUCCACCCGCCGCGAGAGGUGAUGAAGCGGCAGUUCUGUAGUAUGGCCAGGCGGUUCGGGUUCGCGGAUGCGACGGAGUUCGCGUUGGUGGUGGAGGGGAUGACGCAGGCGGAGCGGCGGGCGUGUUUGGAGCGGUGGUAUGCGGAGCGGAGGGAGGAGCUUUUUGCUGGGGUGCAGGUGGAGGAGAAGACGGAGGGCAGGGCGGAGGGUGAUGGUGGUGGUGGAGAUGUAGGAGGGAGAGGGGGUUGAACUGGUUUGGGAUUUAUGUUACACUACUAGCUGGCGAUUGGGUUCCUUCCGCCAUUCUCCAAUCAUUCUCGGUUUGAUAUCGGUAAGGGCGCAUAUUUGGCGACACUAUUUCCACGCUUCGGAUUUAUUGGAUUGUACUGCAUUAUUGACCAGGAUAUGCAAUAUCUACAAGCAGAACCAAACAAAUAAUACCCCUUCUUUCAUCUG